AUGGAGCCGACCGCCAACGAAGACACCCCGCCAGGCCUGCCCAAAGGAAUAACUAGGAAGCCCGUCCCUAUCAAUCCUACCCUAGAUGCAGCACCCACGAAGCCGCAGGCGAAGCACUCGUUCGCUCCUCUGACAUAUAUCGCCCUCAUAUUAUUAGGAACCGCUCUGUUGAGCUGGCGAUGGAUAUUAUCUGGAACCCCAUUCCUGGUUUGCUCGCUGUCAAUAGGAGAUUGGAACGGAAAACGAGUCUUUCCAAGGAUACCGCUAUGGCCAAUAUUGAUCGCUGUGAAUGCCACGUACACCGUAGCUUCCACCUCGUGGGUUCUGUACUGGGGCUUCGUUGCAAUCUGUUAUACCGCGGUCUUACUGUCUUGCCUUUAUCAAUUCGGGUUCGCAACGAGGAUCGAUUCCAUCAGUCUGUUUGAUCUACCAGCUCUGGAAAUUGACAAAGACACGGUUGGAUUGUUUGUGGUUCGAGGCCUGACGUUCUCGCUCUCCACUCUGACGGCUACCGCUUAUGGCAUCGAAGUGGGGGUUAAGCUCGAUGAGGAUAUGGAAUUGUCCAUUCAAACAGACAAGGUCGUCGUCGCGCUCUUCCGUCGAAUCACGAUCGGGGACGUUUAUGCCAACGUCAAAGGUCGCGACGAAAUGACGUUCAAAGACGUGCCCCAAUUUCCGAAUGAGCGCGAUAUGUCUAAGGAUACACUGAUUGCAAGGGAUACCCUCCUAUUGAAAGCAGCUUACGCUUCAGCAAAGAACGGGUUCGCGGAAAUCCAGGAAGAGCUUCAUGAUGCUGCCGAUACCCCUCUCUCGUCCAACACACUGGUCAGAAAACUGUCACCGGACGAAGAGAAGGCUCGCACGGAGGUGGAAAAACUUACCAAACACAUCCUGAAUACAAGCACCAGCCACAUCGCUCAAGAGAUGUUGAGGAAGAUUGCGAAAGAGCGCGAAAUUGACGGCGUUCUCGACUCUGAGAACAAUCUUCGCGCAGCCGUGUGUGCCCACGUCCACGAGCAACCGACCGUGGCGCAUCCUCCAUCAAAAUCGAUACGACUCACAACUCUUUCGCACAACAAGCAUCCGAAGUUCAAGAAAUUCGUACAUCGCCUACCACUCUUGUACCGCCUCCUCCUCAACCCGAUCAGCUAUUUCCAUCCUAUUCGCAUCAAAUCCGUUACAUCAGCUGGCUCUGGAAAAUGGUUCGUGUCGCUCAUGAAAGACCACUUUUUCAAGCACUAUUCUACAUCAGACGCUGAGGUUAGACGCCUCGAAAGCCGUAUUUCUGCCUGGCUUGCGGAUGCAAACUUUGCAGUGGGUCUUACCGAUCUCUUCGCUACAGCGCAAGUGCCCGUUGAUACAGAUUACGAUAUUGAGUGCAAGUUUAAGAUCGGAGACCUUAUGGCGCACAGGACGCUUCCGGAGGCAGUCAAUCUUACGCAGGUUGUGCAUCUUGGAGGAGCCGACGCGACUUUCGUUCUUCCUUCAUACCUGCUUCCUCAUCAUGAGCACCUUUUCCCACCUAUCUUAACCGACUUCGACGAGAUGAGGAUCGAACAAGAAAUCGAAGAAAUGGCUGGCACACCCCAAGCUGUGCGAAUGAAGAAAGACCUUGAACGGCGUCAAAAGGACGAGACUUGCAUGAAAAUCGCGGUCCAUGGGCAUCUCCCUGCGCUGUUCGACCAGCAGCUUCUGAACUUCGUGGCUGCUACUGUGAAGGCGACAAAAGUCAUUGAGGUCGAGAAGGGUCAUGAAGAACUCGUCCUUAAGCGGGCAGCAAAUGACAAGCUCGAGAUGGAGAUCCGUAGAGUUGACUCAGUAGCUUCCGACUCAGUAGCUCCCGAGAGCAUCAAGCCGGACAAUGCCAGCGCAUCUUCAACUGAGUCCGACACCGCGACAAUGGGUUCGCAGAACUCGGUGCCUGUCUCUACGCAAUCUACGCCUACCUCUUUGACACCGAAUCGUGGUAACACGUGGAAAGUGGGGAUGAACAAAGCCUUCAAGGGGAUGAACACCAAGAUACAAGACGGGUGGAGGAAAGCCGGCAUCCAGACGGUCAACGUCGUCGCGAACGACAGGUGGAUUGCGAGCAUCAUCGGUAGAAUCAUGCGAAAGCUCGAAAAGGCUCAGGGCGACGUGGGAUACUCGGGGUUGAUUACCAUGCCGAUGGCAGAGUACAGGGAGAGAGCCGAGCUGGAGACCAAACUACUACCUUGA